AAUUUGUUUUGAUCACCACUCAUUUGGUAUCAAAUGGAGGGAACACGGUCCUUUAAAUUUGUUCUAAAAUCAAUAGUUUUCUUAACAGUUUUCGGUUUUACUUCUGGAAAUAACUUGCGUUACCAUGAGUAUAUGAUUAACCCUCUCGGAAAUUUGCAAAGGAAACUAGAAGCUCAAAGGGCUAUUCAGCCUUUCCUUAGUUCAAAGCCGUUUCUGGAAUGGACGAGUCAGUUGAGUAAACAAUCGCUCCUCAAACGAGCUAAUCAGGUGGAUCUACGGAUAUUAAACGAUACAGCUCCUGUGACAGAUUCCAACCCACUCAACACCUUUCUACAGAACUUUUUUGGACAACUUACUAAUACCUCUCAGAACAAUACUUCAUCGAGUGGUGUUGGAGAUGCCUUCCAAAAUCUUCUUAACGGUGUUCUUGGUUCUUUGUCGGCCGGUGGUGACCAGGCGAAAGCAAGCAACGGAUCCCAAAAUGGCUCUCCAGCAGGUUCAUUUGGAAAUUUUUUGCAAAAUAUCACCCAAAACACGAAUGGUAUUGGCAACUUGAUCACUUCAAUGUUAGGUGCAAGUGGUGGAAAAGGAGGCGCAACUUCUGGGAUGAACUUGGGGAAUAUUCUACAGUUACUGAGCGGCGGUAAUGUCGAUCCGAGUACCAUUGGUAACAUACUGAUGUCUUUCCUAAACGGAGCAGUGCAGGGAACGAACGCAUCCACAGCCUGUCAGGGGGACUUCAUUAAAGUGAUAAAAGGUCUACAAAACAUGGAGGCUUGGGCUCUGAAAUUCCUAGAUGCAUCCGCUAAGAUCCCCACUGAUCUCCUGAACUUGAAUUUGAACUGGUACGGUUCCUACGACGAGUGUUACAGCGACAGCACAUUCCUUGAGUCGUUUGGGAUUCUCCAUAACACCCAGACCCCCGUUAAAGGACAGUAUUGUAACACAAACCUGAAUCUACCGCUUCCACCGGAAGUUAAAGGGAUUUUGACGGUGGCAUUACAAAACUCUGGUUUCAUCAAGGCCGGCAUCUGCUUUCCUAAGUCAUGUAGCACUGACGAUCUGCUUCAAAUUGUAAACGCUUUUCUCUAUAAUAUACCGUUGGGGGACAACAAGGUGACGGCAUGGCCCAUCACGUGCCCGGUGCCUGCCGAGGAGGACACAUUGGAAACCGACACAAUAGUAGUCGUGAUAAUCUUAGCUAUUUUUCUUGUAAUCAUCUUGGAGGGAACAUUGUAUGACGUCAUCAUCACGAUCAGAUCAAAAAGAAAUAAAGAAAAUGGAAAGCCGGUAGAAAAUGGAGAAGUGGCAGAAAAUGGAAAACCGAUAGAGAAUGGAAACACUUUUCCAGAAAACAGCUAUAAAUUGAGAGCUGAGAACGGCAACGUCCAGCAUAUCGAACCCGAGAAAAAACAUUUACAAAAACCGGGUAUCUUUGGUCGACUGGUUCUGUGUUUCAGUGCCUAUACCAACGGUAAGAAGAUACUGGGUACCUCUCAGCCCAAGGGCAGUCUGACGGCCGUCAACGGGAUCCGAUUCCUCAGCAUGAGCUGGGUCAUUUUGGGACACACCCUCGCUUUCGUCUUGGGAUCUACGUCCAACAUGCUCCAAUAUUACAACAAGUUUGUCAACCGUGCAGCCUCUGAAGCUAUCGUCAAUGCUCUUUUUUCAGUGGAUACUUUCUUCGUUCUGAGUGGUCUGCUGACGUCGUAUCUGCUAUUGAGACAAAUGAAAAAAUCUAAGGGAUGGAUCAACUGGGGUUUAUUUUAUUUCCACCGCUACUGGAGACUGACCCCAGUGUACAUGAUUGUCAUAGGAAUGUACGUUACUAUUUAUCCCCACUUGAUCUUUGGACCAAAAAGAGGAAAACCCGACGAGGUCUGCAGAGAAUCAUGGUGGAAAAACCUUCUCUACAUUGACAAUUUUUUUGGACUUAAAGACCUGUGCCUUGGCUGGUCAUGGUACCUAAACAAUGACAUGCAGUUCUACAUCUUAAGCCCACUUCUUAUUGUACCAUUUUUCUUCAACCAGAUCGUUGGGAUUAUAGUCAGCGUAUGUUUCUUGUUGGCUGCGACCAUUACUCCAGGAGUGCUUAGUUACGUCAAGAAUCUUCCAGCCCACACCAUUGGUGGAGGUCCAAAGGACGCUGACCGAGCUGAUUAUUUUGAGGAUUAUUACAUUGUUCCUUAUUGUCGAAUGGGACCGUACAUCUGUGGAGUGAUCACCGGCUACAUACUGUACAGGACGAAAUGCAAAUGCCGUAUGAAUAUUUUUGUGAACCUGUUGGGAUGGGCUGUUGCCACAGCCAUGGCGUGUGGCUGUCUGUAUGGUUUACACAAUACUAUAAGGCCAGACAACCCUGUCUACCUCUCGAAAGAAGUCACGGCACUAUAUAAUGGAGUCAGUCGCACUGCAUGGGGAGCAGCCGUAUGCUGGGUCAUCUUUGCUUGCUCCACUGGCAAUGGCGGGUUCAUUAACACUUUGUUGUCGUGGAAGGCGUUUGUACCUCUGUCCAGACUGACAUACUGUGCCUAUUUGGUACAUCCUCUGGUUAUGUAUGUCUAUUAUUUCAACUGGAACUUCCCUCUGUACAUGACCGAUCUGGACUUUGUAUACAUCUUCCUCGGCAAUCUAAUGGUGUCUUAUGGAAUCGCUUUUAUUGUUUCGAUCGCGUUUGAAUCGCCUUUUAUGGGUCUUGAGAAAAUCAUGUUUGGUGGUCUUGGUAAAAAAAAGAAGUGACGUAGAACAUACACUGGUUUAUGACGUGUCGUAUUUUAUUCCGGUUACUGAUAUGCAUGAUAAUCUGUUAGUAUUCAACAAAGUGCAUCGAAACGGAGACAUAAAGUAUUUGAACAAAAUAUUAUCAAUAAAAGUAAUCUCUAUAGUCUGACCGCAAGCAAAUAACAUAACUUGUAAGAAUAUGUGAUUGUUUUUAAUUUCAAAAAACAAAACUUGAAUAAUAAAAUGAAAUCACGAAAA